CCCUAGUAUUUAAGCCUGCCGUGUGUACUUUGAGACCAGUGUAUGUCAGAGAGAGAGUAUUUCAGCCGGUUGGGAGUACUUUGAGACCAGUAUACGUCAGAGAGAGAGUAUUUCAGCCGGUUGGGAGUACUUUGAGACCAGUAUACGUCAGAGAGAGAGUAUUUCAGCCGGUUGGGAGUACUUUGAGACCAGUAUACGUCAGCAUGGAGGGGCAGACCUACGUCAAGCUGGUGGAGCUGCUGGGCUUUGAGAAGCGAUCCUUCCCGAGUCAGCACUACGUGUACCUGCUGAUGGUGAAAUGGAGCGACCAAUCAGAGAAGAUCAUCUACAGGACGUAUCCUGAGAUCUACACCUUCCACAAAUCUCUGAAGGAGAUGUUUCCCAUCGAGUCAGGUCAAAUAGAAAAGAAGGACAGAAUAAUCCCCCAUUUACCAGCGCCGCGCUGGCUGUACAGCGAGAAGUCUCCGGAAACCCGGCAGAGCACGCUGACCGAGUACUGCCACCUACUCAUCAACCUACCGCCUCACAUCUCCCGCUGCAAACUGCUCACACACUUCCUCAAAGUCAGAGCAGAGGACGAGAACCCCCCAGCCCCAAACACCCUGAAAAGAAACGAGACGUUUGUGGAGUCCCGGGAGCUGGCCAGAGGCAAUGCGUCCGAGAUUUCCGGCCCGAUCAUUCUGGACACCUACCGAGCGAUCGCUGACUUCACCAAGACGUCCAAACACGAGAUCGACCUGCACACCGGAGACCUGGUGGAGAUCGUGGAGAAGAAUCAGAACGGCUGGUGGUUCUGCCAGGGUGAGUCCAAGCGUGGCUGGGUUCCUGCCACGUACCUGGAGCCGCUGGACGGGCCCGACGAGGCAGAGGACGCCGAGCCAAACUACGAAGGCGAGCUGCACGUCACCAUCCGAGCGUACAAGGCGGAGCAGGACGACGAGAUCUCUCUGGACAUCGGGGAGACCAUCGAGGUCAUUCACAAGCUGCUGGACGGAUGGUGGGUGGUCAGGAAAGGAGAGGAGACCGGUCACUUCCCGUCCAUGUUCCUGCAGCCGGCCGGUAAGAGACAGAAGCAGGACGCUGAGAGGAUGACUCUGCAGAAACCUCCUCCACGCAGGUCCACCAUCAGAAACCCCAAGAGCAUCCACAACAAGACGAGCCGGCGGCUGAGCCAGGACUCGUACCGCCGCGCCAGCCGCCGCUACCUGCAGCAGAAGGGCGGCCGCAUGGCCGAGCACGGCAGGAACGCCAAGAACGCUGCCGCUAAUUCGCCGCUGAGGGAGAGGAAGAACCACGACAACGUCCCCGAGCAGUCUGGCUCCAGUUCGGAGAGCGAGGCGAGGAAGGAGGUUCCGGUCAUCCCGCCGCGGCCGAGCGCCGAGCUGAUCCUGCAGCGCUGCAGUGACAACACGUGCCAGAGAGUCAGCAUCCACCGGGCACACUCCGGCUCCGACUCCGGCUCCGGCACGCCAGCUAGCACGCCAGCUAGCACGCCAGCUAGCACGCCAGCUAGCACGCCAGCUAGCACCGCCAGCUAGCACCGCCAGCUAGCAUGCCAGCUAGCAGCGCCGCGCUCCACACAGAAUGAGGCCGUGAUCCCAAGUUUUCAUGAGGCUCUUUUGUAGUAAAAAAAAGAAAAGAAAAAUAAGCUGUCAGUGUUUUGGUUCCAAAAAGCAGCCGAGAUCGUCUUUUGUUGCUAUAGCAACAGCUGCAGUAUCCUAGAGCGCUACGUGGAGCGGUGCUAAUGCUAAUGCUAACGUUAGCUAAAACAAAGAGAUCUUUUUUAAUUUUGUCUCUUCA